AUGUCAACUUUUGUUGCAAAUCUUGUGCACUUGUUUACUUAUUGUGAGACCAAUUUAAGUUUGCCUAUUUCAUUUUCAGAUUUCAUUGUCUAUGAACUUGCUCAUAACAAGACAUGCAAUGUUAAACGUCAUUAUGAAACAAAACAUAAACAAUUUUCUGAAAAAUAUCCGUUAAGAUCAAAUUACAGAAAGAAUAAAAUUGAAUUGCUCAAAACGAAAAAUAAAAAUCAACAACUAAAUAUUUCAUCUUACAGCCAAGAAUCAAUUAAUACAACAAAAGCAAGUUUUGUUAUAGCAUGGAAUAUUGCCAGAGUAUCACAAAUUCCUAUUUCUCGACAUACAACCGAAAGAAGAAUAUCUGAGAUUAGUAUUGAUGUUGAACAGCAAUUACUAAACGAUUUAAAAAACUGUGAAGCAUUUAGUUUAGCUGUAGAUGAAUCAACAGACGUAAUUGUAAAAGAAGAGUUACUAGAUUUAGUUGAGUUGAAAGACACAACUCGUGGAGUUGAUAUCAAGGAAGCCCUUGACAAAGCUCUGCUUAAAGCUAAUGUACCUAUCAACAAGCUUGUUAGUGUUGCUACAGAUGGUCCAUCAGCAAUGGCUGGAAAACAUUUAGGACUUAUAGGCUUAUUAAAAACAAAUGCAAAAAAUCACAGACAGUUUAGAAACUUUAUAAAUGAAUUGGAUCUUGCUGAUGAGCCAAGUGACGUGUCAUUUUUCUGUUCUGUAAGAUGGCUUUCAAGUAGUGAUGUUGUUUAUAAAUUUGUAGAACUAUUAGAGCCAAUUAAAUGUUUUUUGAUUGAAAAAGAAAAGACAUUUGAAAUCCUAGACGAUAUAAAUUUUGUGCAAGAUCUUUUAUUUUUGACUGAUAUAAUGCAACAUUUAAAAAGUCUGAAUUUGUUUCUUCAGGGAAAAGAAAAAAAUAUAUCUGAUCUUGCGCAAACGAUAUUUAGUUUUCAAAAAAAAAAUAUUCUUUUUCAGAAAGAUCUUAGCUUGAAAAAAUUUAAUCAUUUUCCUCAAAUGAAGAAGAUGAUUACUUCUAAUCCUUCAAUUCAGUAUGAUGACGAUAAGAUUGAAUCAUACUUGGACAAACUAAAGGAUUUACAAAAAGACUUUCAAAAAAGGUUUAAAGAUUUGCAUGAACUAAAAUCUUCUUUAGGAUUUAUAGUAAAUCUUUUUUUAAUUAAUAUUAUUAGUAAUGGCUGUCCAAUUCCUGAAAAAAUGCUUGAAGAUAUAUCUCAAUUUGAAAUGGAACUACUAGAUCUCCAAGAAGAUCAAAAUCUACUUAUUCUGCAUAAAACAAUAACUUUUAUGGAAUUUUGGAAGAUAGUUCCCGAGGUUAAGUAUCCUCAACUUAAAAAGAUUGCCAUAAAAUUCAUUUCAAUUUUUGGUUCAACGUAUACAUGUGAAUCUUUAUUCUCUACUAUGAAAUUUGUCAAAUCAAAGUAUCGUGCAAAUCUAACCAUUGAGCAUUUGUCUGAGUUACUUAGAACAGCCACUACAAGUUUGAAACCAGAUUUUAAGAAACUUACCAGUAAAGUUAUGAGUAUUAGUUUGAUCAAAGUAAAAAAUUGA